CUCUCCGUUACAGGACGGGUUGUAAUUUCUGCACUGCAGAGCAGAAAUUAUCCGUGGUGUGUGACGGUCCGAACACCACGAACGUGAAUUUAAUCGGCACUAACUAAAGCAAAAAGAGAACAUCAAAGGGAAAAUAAUUCUUUCCGAAGAUUUGUUUCCAGAGUAUUCUGGCUCGCGGCAGUAAAGAGAGAGCACGAGCAGUGGGUUUGCGUUGUUUUUAGCAAAGCUAGCUCACUGACCGUCCUGCAUUCCUGUCUCUGUGUCGUGUGCAUGUUGUUGUGAUUCGCAUUGGCAAAAAACCGAACAAAAAUAUGAAACAACAUAGCCGCAAACAACUCUUGUCCCUGGCGUUCAUCGCGUUUUUAGCGGUCACGUUGCAUCAGAGCUUUGCUGCCACUGAUGUCCCGCCCACUGCUGCUGCCCCUCAAACCACGGCUCUGCCUCCUGCGCCCCCAGCCCGGCCUGAGAGGGGCAACUACACUGUAACCAAUGGCAACGGGACCGUCUGUCUGAUGGCCCGUAUGGGACUGCAGCUCAACAUCCGCUUCAGCUCUGCCUCUCUCAAUAAUACUGUGCAAGACGUGGUGAACCUCCAGCCCAACGUGACUAAGAGCUCAGGGUCAUGUGACUCGGACAGUGCCACCCUGAUGCUGAUGGCUGAUGAGGAGAAAACCAACCUCACCUUCCUUUUCUCCCUGAAUGCCACGUCCAGUAAGUACCACCUGAGUGGAGUGAUCCUGUCUGCAGUCUGGCUGGACAUGAGUGAGCCCUUCUCAGCCAGUAACAGUAGUCUGGACUACCUGCGCGGUACCCUGGGGCAUAGUUACGUGUGUCAUGAAGAGCAGACUCUGGCUGUGGCUGUGAACUUCUCUCUCAACACCUUCCAGCUGCAGGUGCAGCCCUUCGGCCUAACCAGGGACCAGUUUGGAGCAGCGGAGGAGUGUCAGCUGGAUGAGGAUGACAUGUUGAUCCCCAUCAUCGUGGGCGCUGCGCUGGCCAGCCUGGUCCUCAUUGUCCUUGUGGCCUACCUUAUCGGCAGGAAGAGGAGCCACGCCGGGUACCAGACUAUCUGACAUUACUACCUGUCAACUGGUCUUACCCUAGAAUCCUUGCUGCCACCUCCUCCCCUUCAUGGGGUCGAUUUGCGCUUUCAGGACUGUAUAAUAAAAAAAGGGAAUCUGCUGAGAGAUUGUAAUGACAUAACAAAACACUCUUGACACAGUCACUUAACAUUGCAGGAGGGGAUGGUGUGGUGGAGUGCUCAAACCAUAUGCUGAAUAAUAAUCCACACUCACUCUGCGUAGCCUAUGGUAUUUUAUCAUGCUUACAUUUUACUGGUCUCUGACAAAAGCACUUUGGGUUCCUCUAGGAAUGGAUUGAGGUAAUUUGAUGGUAAAGCAGUUGAGGUCUGCAGAGAGAGGGACUCAUUAAUUUAUGGUGAUCAGAGAGUAACACUAGCCCAGUCCACAAACAACCCUAUAGCCCCUACCCCCUAAAUAACUUGGAAUCUCCACCUUGCGUCUGAUUAGUACAUUUGCGGGGCAAGAGGGAGUGUAACAAUGAACUGAAACUGAAUUGACAGAACGAGCGUCAUGCUACACUAGAAUGAAGGGACGUGGUGGGCGUAUGCUCUACUUACACAUUGGAAUUUCAUUGCACUGUACAAUGGCAGUUAUGAAACUUGACUACCAUGUUACUACCUAACCUAAAGAUGAUAUGGAUGAAAAUGCUGUUACUCAGCAUGUUGGCACAGUGGAGGAAAUGUAUUAUGUGCCAGUGCUUUUCCCCUCGUAGCAGUGACUUAAACCUGGUUUUAUGAAUACUGGUACUACCAAUUAUAGUUACAUUAUUAAUACACAGUGAUUUUUUUUGCUACUUUUUUUUGUUGGUACUUCCAGUGAUAUAUUAAGGGGAGUGGUUGUUACAGUAAAGUUACAUGGUGUUCACAAAGGCCGAAUACUAGCUCAAAAUGUAACUGGACAUUUGAGUGAAUAGUUCAGUUAUAGGUUGUUUUCUUAAGUUAGGAUUCGGGCUAUUAUAGUUAGAACAAUUUUAGGGAGUUGGAGUUACUGUCAAUAGUACAACGCCAUUUUAGAAAGGACAGAAUUUUGCCACCCCAAAAUAAUUUGAAAUGCCCUUGCCAAAUGGAAUCUGUGCCUCGCCACUUACAAGAAGGAUGGGAUCUAUGCCAAUGUUAUUGUUUCUCUCACUCAUAUAUAUAUAUAUAUAUAUAUAUAUAUAUAUUAUAUGUCUCAAAUGACAGACACCCUAUUCCCCAUGUAGUGCACAUCUUAUUUGGGUGAUAUUUGGGACACAGCUUUUCGCUCUACACAGCGUGACUUGUUAGGGACAUUAUUUUUUGGGGAUUUGCCUGGCCUAUUGAAUGAUCAUAGAGGAUACAUUGUUUGUAGUGAAAGGGGGAAGUAAAAAUGAUGUGCAUUUUUGUUCUACCCCUCAUCUAGAAGUGUUAAUAUCCAUAUGUAGUGAUUUAGGGCUAGAUUCAAUCUGUAUCAGAUCUGCGUCAUAGCGAGAUUGAAAUGUUCCUGCGUUCGGAGACUGCAUUAACGUUAAGCGCUGCAUAUGUCAACUCAAUCAGAAAUUACCUUCAUUUUAAUGCGGCUGUUCCGCAAUACAGAUUGAAUCCAGCCCUUAAGGUUUUAAAGAUAAUGUUUUAAUUGUUUUCUAAAAGCGGAGGCCAAUAAAAAGGAGCUGAGGAAUGAGCUCUAUGUACA